UCUAACAACUGCGGGCGUAACGCUUUCCACGACCAAGCUCGAAGCAAUCCACGAUGCACUUUGGACCGAAGGGGGUGGCGGCACGCUUGCCACACGAGGUGUCCCCAGACUACAGUACUAACUGAGCGUAUAUCAUGCAUCUUUCCACACGUUCUUUUGCGAUUAUGUUUAACUUCAUUACUUCUAUUUUAUUACCCUAUAAUUCCAGUGAUGCAUUUUGCUUGCGCUACCUGCCUUCAAACAUGGCCUUCGUGGAGGUCUCGUGAUCAGCAUAUGGCUACCAAGUCCCACCGGGCUCCUGAAUUCGAAUGCGACACAUACGAACGUUACUGCACCAGCCAACAAGCCAUCAACCAGCACAUGACUGCUCUGAACCACUGGGCGGAUUCGUCUUCUGAAGAACCCGAACUCUUGCAACUACGACUCUUGCUCUGA